AUGCUACUCGUUGGCUUUGGGGCGUUGGCUGCUGCCAGCGCUGCUGUGGUGCUGCCAAUACUUUUGUAUUACCACUUUGUCGAUUGUAAGAAGAGCAAUGCGGCCACAGCGUUUACGUUCUGCUGUACGCUCACCUUGGCGUUGCUCCUGGCAUUUCUCGUGCCUAUCGACAUCAUGCUCGCCUCAAGCAUGGGAUCCGGAUCACUGCGAGCGCAAGCUGAUUCGGAUGGGGCACCGGCGCCCUCUGUAGCAGAAGCAGCAGCUGCCGCGCAUGCAAGUAAUACAGCUUCAGCAUUUACUCCUGCGGGGGCAGCUGCAGCAGCUGCUGCUGCUGAAGGGUGGAGAGCUCUGAAGAAUGCUUUUCUGCCGCUGACCGUAGAGCUGCUACAGCGCAUGUAUGCGUUCCUUGGCUUUGCUGUAUUUAUCUGCUGCUUCCUGCUGACGCCCGCCGCAAUAUUCUACUCGAACGAAAGUAACAGGAGACGCGCGCAAGAUGUCGACGAGUAUGAUGCGUUGCCAUGCGAGACGUGUUUUGUCGCCUUGAAAAGGACGGGGUGCUACGUGGUUGGACUUGGUGCGAUAUUGCUUAUCCUUCUCGCUCUGAGGCCAGGGAUGCCCUCUCCAACAUUUUUCAAGACAGUCGAGAGCUACGCCACACCUACUCAGCAGAACGCACCAAAUGUGCCACAGAACCCUCAUGCAUCAUCCAACCCUGCAGGCCUCAUGGCAGCGGCUGCCGCUGCUGCCUCUGCUGCUGCAGCCGCAGCAAGCGCAGCAGCCGUAAAGGCAGCAGCAGCGGCACGGCAGGUGGACUCGGAAGCUAUCCAGCUCUAUACGGCUCAACUCUUAGGAGUGCACAAGACAGGCGUCGACUCUUUACUCUUCCUUGGCGCCUGCUUCCUUUGCGCGGCGCAAGUGGUGUGGAUUUUCUUCGGUGCGUUCGGCCUCGCGGCAGUGCCCCUGGCAUGGCUUCGGCGUGGCCCUUCAACGCAUCAAAAGCAGCAGCAAGUGCAGCAAGAGAUCACUGCGUUGCGCGAGCAGCAACGAAGGAUCCAGAGCAAGUACGCGGGGAACCUGCACGCCAUGGGGGCCAAAGAUCGAGAAGUGCUCGAGAGACUGAGGAUCCAGCAGCGCCUGUGCAGCGAGAAGCACUAUCAGCUCCAGGUGCUGUUGUUGCUGUCCGCCUUGCUCGCCAAUCACAUCCUGGCCGCUGCCCUAUGCAUCUUCACGGCGGCACCGCAGUAUGCGUCUUUCGGCAAUCAAAUGUUCACGCCUCAUAAUGGAUCGGACGCGAUUAGCUGCUCACUCCACGCAGCAGCUGCAGGCACCUCGUGCCGCCUUACCAUAUUCGCUGCGGCCCUUUCUCGGGUGGCGUUCGCCUGGACUGCUCAGACGGUGCUCUCAAAGGCGCACGCACUGAAUAAGGCCGCCAACACCAUCGAAGCUGAGGAAAGUCUUGGAAAAAAAGAGCCCCUACUCAUAGCCCUUAACCCAAGUUCCCGCUUUUCUCGCGUUCACCCUCGGGGCUCCACGCACGGGGAGCCUAGAGGCAAUCAAGAUAGAAACAACUGCGCUCUUUGA